CGAUGCCUUGAUAUGAUAGGGACGUUUUGAGAAGAUCGACAGACGAGAAAUCGAGUUGUUCUGUUGGUGAAAUCUUUUACAGCCAUGGCCACAGCCGGCGCAAGAGUCGUUAUGAAGGUCGCCAGGCCUGCCGUUAUGCGCGGUAAAUGCUGGUCAGCCUUUAGAAGAACUCUGCUCGUUGGUGUCGUGACUUGCUUCAUUCCUGGUAUGGUCUAUGACCACUAUUUCACCAACCCAAGAAUUAAGUCAUACCGAGACUUCUACACCGACUACAAUCCCAACAAGGACGCUUGGGAUUUCGUCUAUGAUGCUUUCAUUGCACUGGAUCAGCCUGUUCCAGUUCCACCGUGGCUGGAGGAAGAGGAGGAGGAUGAAGAUGAUGACGAGUAGACUCUGCUUCAAAUUUGCUACCUAUACUGCUGCCUGUAUUUAAAUCGCUGUCCGCAUGAAAGUGAAUCGUGUUGCUAAUGUGCAAGCCUUUAGUUCUUGGGAGUAUGUCCGGCUGUGUGCUCCAGUGUUUUAUGAUUGAAUAAGUUGCUCUUUGUAAAGCGUCUCCAUUCUCUGUCCAAUGGUCGUGGUCACUUUGGCCUGCGUUCCGAAGUACAUGUACAACAGUCACCUGUGUACUUGAAGCUGAUGAUUGAUGGUACAUAUAUCUGACAGUGCUCAGUUGAGCUGCCACUUUCA